AUGGAUGAUAAGAGAAACAAAAAGAAGAAUGAAAAUGAAGCCACUCUAGAUGACAUUGACCAUUUUCUCUUUGAGAAUUUCAGGACUCUGUUCCUCAGAUACGACAAAGAAAUCAACAACAACAAUGCCCUCCAGGUCCAUAACAACACCCAUGGAAAAUAUCCAAUGCCAAGUCCGACAUCCUCAAUUUCAUUCGAGGAGCCAUCACCAGAUCUCGGAGGCUCUAGAAGGUUCUUCGUGACCCGUGGAUUCUCGGGGUCGAGCAGCUCAACCACGACACCCACAAAGAAUUGCGAUGGUUCAUGUUCAAAGGAGACAAUCACAUUGUCCAAUAACUAUGUCGCGGUGUUGGUGUCGUGCACAAAGAGCCCCUACGAGAAAUUCAAGAAAUCGAUGGAAGGCGUAGUGAGAGCGAGGCUGAGGAACGAUGAGAAUGUGGACUGGGAUUUCAUGGAAGAACUUUUGUUCUCUUACAUGAACAUGAAUGAGAAGCAGGUACACAAGUUUAUUCUUGCUACUUAUGUGGACAUGAUUAGCCUCAUGCGCAAUCCUCCGGAACCUGCAAAGAGUGUGAGGAUCAGCAAGGAGAUAAGGAAGAAGGCUGAAGGAGUGAAAUUGGGUUGA